AUGUCGACGGAGAAAGGUCCGCCGGUGGCGCUGUUGACCACAGCGUUUGUUUUGUCGGCCGCAAUGGGGGUUUUGGCCAUUUUGAGUGCAGAGUUGAAUCGAGAGAUGAGGAAUUUGAAGAUUGAGCUGGAUCAGAGCACUACUGAGUUUAUGGUAAGGUUUCAAAAGGCUGUGGGCUCAUUUGUCCCAGUCCAGCUCCCUCCAAAGUUGCUUUUGUUAAUACUAUUAUCUUAAAAAUUAGGCCUCAACCAAUGACAUUUGGGACAACGUUCAGCGCUACAAACGCGAAAACAAGAUUCGUAGCAAGCGUGGCAACUACGCCCAGCCAAUUUACCGUCCAGCUUCAGCACCAUCAGUCGUAUAUCGCUAUGGUCCUAUCUUCAAGAACCGUCUAGUACUGGGAAACAACGCAGUACGGCCAGCAUAUCAACCAGCGCCUUAUCAACCACAAUAUCAACAGAUUUAUCAUCCGGUACAGUAUAAUCAACCCGUGUCUUAUCAACCCUAUCCACAGGCUUUUCAACAAGUUCAACCACAAACUCCGGUUCCUACUGUGAGCAGGCCAGCUAGUCCAGUUGGUCAGAGUUAUGUUGUGAGCUCAGUUGGAGGAAAAAGUAGUGGUUUAGGAGCUAUUCCCAGGAAUAAUGUUGGAGGUAACGGUGGUAAUGGUAAUGGAUUAGGCGCUGCGGCUGGAAGUGAUGAUGGCAAUGGAGGUAGAGGUGGGUGUAGCAGUAAUUGGAAUUUUAAAAAAUUUAAAAAUUAUUUUAUAAUUUCCAAAAUUUAAGAUUUUAAAUAUAGUACUAAACAAUUGAAAAAAAGAAAAAAUGGUAUCAAGUGCACCAAGAGCAAAAAAUAGUACAAAUUUUUGAAUUUUAAAACUUAACUUUAUAGAUUGUGGUCCAUCACCAUCUUCAUGCCCUGCUGGUCCACCUGGACCACCUGGAGAGAAAGGAGAGCCUGGAGGUAAGUUUUUAAGCAAAUUUUUAUUUUUUAAAAUUUUGAAUUGGAAAAAAUUUCUAAAGCUAAAUUUUUAGAACCCGGCCCACCCGGAGCUCCAGGACAAACAGGAGCACCAGGCGAAGACAUUCAGUUCAAAAAAAUCGAUCCACCUUGUAUCAAAUGUCAAAUGGGACCAACUGGUCCACAAGGACCUCAAGGAGAGCCAGGAGAAGAUGGAUUGGACGGUUUUGAUGGUCAAGAUGGUCUUCCUGGUCGUGACGGUACUCCAGGUCAACCUGGCUUCCCAGGCGAUCUUGGAAUACAAGGACCGCCUGGCGAUAUUGGUAAACCUGGUCUACCUGGCGCAGAAGGAGAAAGAUAUAUAACUGUACCAGGUUUACCUGGCCCUCCAGGUUCAGUUGGCCCAGCGGGACCCCCCGGUGAUCCAGGAUUAGAUGGAGAAACUGGUCGUGCUGGUCCAGUUGGUUCACCUGGAGCUCCUGGAUUAAGAGGUCCUGAUGGUAUGCCUGGAUUCCCGGGUUUGCCAGGUGAGCCAGGUAAGGAUGGUUAUGAAAGGGGAUAUUGUCCAUGCCCAAUCAGAGUUAUGGGGCCGAAUGAUCGGUCGAGAGUUUGGAAUGUUGUUGGUGGUGGUCAGACAGAGAGUUUUGUUACUAGUACUGCUAGUACACAUCGGAGAGGACAUAAGAAGAACAGAAGGAAGAAGACUCACAGAAGGGGCAAUUUGGUGUCUAACUAG